GGUUCCCGUGGCGGAGGAGGUGGUUCGCGUGGAGGAGGGUUUGUACCCCGCAGCGGAGCAGGCGCAGGCGUAGGAGCAGGUGAAGAAUCUUCCUCUCAGGAGCACGGGAGGAAUGGUUCAAGUUCAAGCAUGGCUGGUGGAUGCAAGAACUCUAGGGUAUGCCCCUCUAACAUAUCAGGAUUCCAACCUGGAGAAGUAUUCAUGAUACGUAACAUCGCCAAUCUUGUACCUGUGAUGAAGAAUGGAUCAUUAGAGUGUAAUGUUGCUCUUGAGUUUGCAGUAACUACUCUUGAGGUGAAUAAGGUGCUUCAGUUGGGCUGGUCUGCUUCAAAUUUUUAUUUUGGGGUCAGAUGUUAAUUCUUCAGGUAUCAUCUUUGUAACAUGCCA